CUUUUUCUCUGCAUUCCAAAUCCAAAGUCGGCCCUUUACUUGUAUAUACAUCACCAUUUCCAACUUUGGCAAGAGAUUGAAUCAUUUCCAGAUUUGAAAUCUGCAGUUUGGUUACAUGAUGGAUAAAGCAAAAUUAGCUAGAAACUGGAUAUUUUUUGCAAUAGUUUCCUUCUCCCUUACUUUUUCGAAUGCAAUGAUAUCAGGCAGGAUAGGCAUAAAUUAUGGUAGAAAUGGGGACAAUUUGCCAUCAGCAUUUGAAGCGAUCGAGCAUCUACAAAACAUGAAUGCGUAUCGAGUGAAGAUCUUUGAUGCCAGCCCUGAAGUGCUUAAACUACUAUCCGGGACAAAACUUCAAGUCUCAAUCAUGAUUCCAAAUGAGCAACUCCCGGACAUUGCGUCGAACCAGGACGUGGCGGAUCAAUGGGUGAUCGAAAACGUUCUUCCUUACUAUCCUAAGACCAUGAUUCGUUACAUCAUGGUUGGGAAUGAAGUUCUAAGCGUCAAGAAUGAUACCGUGUUGUGGUACAACCUUGUUCCCGCGAUGAUAAAUGUCCACAACGCGAUCAAAUUGCAGAACAUUUCGAAUAUCAAGAUAGGGACUCCGCUGGCAAUGGACAUUAUGGAAUCAACUUUUCCACCAUCAAAUGGGAAAUUCAGGGAUGAUAUGCCUGUUUAUGAAGUGCUGGUGCCAUUGCUGAACUUCUUGAAUAAGACUAACUCAUUUUUCUUUGUCAAUGUCUACCCUUAUUUGUCCUGGUUAGAAAAUCCAAACAAAAUAAGCCUUGAUUUUGCCUUAUUCACUGCCAAUAACUCAUCAUACAAUGAUCCAGGAAGCAGUUUGAACUACACAAACCUCCUGGAUCAAAUGCUGGAUUCUGUUCACUUUGCAGCACUGAAAAUCGGGUACGAAAAUGUUUCCCUGGCGAUUUCUGAAACAGGGUGGCCUCAUUCAGGGGACAUUGAUCAGCCUGGUGCUAACAUCCACAAUGCAGCCACUUAUAAUCGGAACCUGAUCCGAAAAACCACUGCUUUUCCUCCACUUGGCACACCAGCCAGGCCAGGAGUAGUCAUCCCAACAUUCAUUUUCUCCCUGUUUGAUGAGAACCUAAAACCAGGGCCAAGAACAGAAAGGAACUGGGGAUUAUUGAACCCAAACGGGAAGCCAAUUUACGAGCUGGACCUAACAGGAGCACGGCUAGAUCGCGAGUAUUCCCGCUUGCCUGAACCAUGGAACAACCUUCCAUUUAAAGGCAAGAUCUGGUGUGUAGCUGCAGUCGACGCGAACGUGGCGGAUUUAAGGGAUGCCCUGGAUUUAGCUUGUAAUGGAGGAAAUGGAAUUUGUGAAUCUCUUGCCCCAUUGAAAGACUGUUAUCAGCCUCUGUCAGAAGUAGCACAUGCUAGCUAUGCAUUUAGUUCAUAUUGGGCUAAGUACAGAAACAGCAGCAAUGGUGUUCAUUGUCACUUCAAUGGCCUUGCAAUGCAAACUACCAUUGACCCAAGUCAUGGGUCAUGCAGAUAUCCAAGCGUCACCCUUUAAACAAAGAUAUGUCGGAGUGAAGGAUUCUGAGCUUCUUCUUCGCUUUGUCUUUGUAGUAUCUAAUCAGAAAGCUGUAAUUCCUUCUACAAAAGAUUUUUGAAAAAAAAUCCCUUGCAAGUCAGAUGAUCUACAUUUGUUUCCAGACUUAUAUGAUUCGCAUUCAUAUUCUUUUGUGUUGUAUUAAUGAUGAAAUAGGAGUAUAUUAACAAAAAGUCAUUAAAAUCAGAAAUAAGAGAAGAAAUAAGCAAAUAUACGAUUGCUAUAUUUUGCUCUCAGAUUUUCAAUUAUACCAG